GCUGUGUAAAAUGUCUCAAGCAAAACAAUCGUGGUGGCAUCCAUCCAAAUUACCGCCAAAUGGUUAUCAAUUAAAUAAUAAUUUAGAAAAAUCGAAUCAUACAUCAUUCUAUCCAUUCAAUAGUGAAUUAGGUUAUAAAGUAUUUAAAAGAAUCAUUGAAAUGAAACGAAUCAAUGCAGAAAAACAAAAUAAUCAUGUGGAUUUAUAUCAUUUAUCCGAUUAUGUUCAAUCAUUCAAUAAUAAUGAUAAUUAUUUAUUGUUAAAUAAACAAAAUGUUGAUUUAACAAAAUCUUUGCCAAGUACAUCAUCAAAUUGUACAUUGAAUCAAUUUGUAUUCAAUGAAAAAAAUACACCAGGAUUUCAUUUAACAUUGAAAUGUGACCUUGACGAUAUAGAAAAUUGUUGAUUC